UUUUUCUUGGCACUAAAGAAGAAGCUGACAUGCAUGACAUGGGUUGCAAUCAAUAGCGGACUAUAUUAAGGUGUAAUUCCUGCUCCCAUCUAUCUUUUCUUCCAUUCCUCCAUAGAGUAUAUCAUUCCACACUACAAAUGCUUGCUUUCACUGCCUUAUUGUCUCUCGCUACUUACGUCUUUGCUGACAUAACAUUUUCUCUCACUGCUAAGGGUGACAACAUCAACUCCAAUGUUGGUAUUGAUGGCUCCUACUUGGCCUUGAACAACCAGGCUGCCACCUUCAUUUUGCAAACUCCAUCUGGCUACCUCACAGCCAAUGGAGAAGAUGUUGUUCUCACACCAAAAGGUAUCAUGCUUGGUAGUGAAGACAACCGUUCCAAGGAUUUUGGUAUUGAGAAUGGCAUGCUUAGAAGCGGUGAUACCAACGAUAUGUUCGACUUCUACAGGUGCCCAGAUGGAACCCUUGCCAACUUCCACUGUACCGAUGGUGUUGCCGUCACUUUGUACACUGGUGAUGUGACGGAAUCCACUUCUACCGCUGUUGAGGAAUCUACCUCCACCGCUGCUGAGGAAUCUACCUCCACUGUUCCUACUCAAGAAACUUCUUCCUCUAGUGAGGAGGCUUCCUGGUCCUCCACGCAAGCCUGGUCUUCGACUGAGGCGGCCACCACUUCCUCCGUGACCCAAAUGCCAUCCUACAACAGCACCGUCACUGACACCCACUCGACUUUGGUCACCAUCACCUCUUGUCUGGACAAUGCCUGCUCCCUGGCUUCUGCGAGUGCCUCCACUUUCGAGGGUGGUGCUGCUCAAGCUAAGUACGCAGCUGGGGCCGUUGCUCUUGCCGGUGCCUUGUUGUUGUAAGGAGCUACUCAAGGCUGCUUUUGAAAGGCAAUAGACAACUGAUAUGCGCUUGACGCUUAUAUAUUGUUAAAAUGAAAAGAAUCCGUCUCUCCUGUUUUGAAACUGCAUUGGCACCUGUAGAGAAAAAGUUUAGGGCUGAGAACCCAUGGAACCUCGCGCAUGAAUGGUGUCCGCUGUCAGGGUGGGGAUCCAUCUUGUGAUUGAGUCGUACAGCAGUGUCUCUAGAUUCACCGACGC